CCUGCAGAAAUGGCAGAUGAGGAUUGGGAAGACAGUAUAAAACCGGGAAUUGCUGUGGUUAUCUGGUUUGGAAUUAGUAUCGCUAUGAUUGUUAUGGGUGCCGUAUACAAGGAUGACUGCCCCAAUCAGCCGUACAUACCGAUGUAUCUGAUAGUGGCUGGCGUCACACGGGUGCUCAUUUUUGGUUUGACACCAAUGAAGUUUUUUUAUAAGAAAGUGACCUACAUUAUACAAAACGCGUUAGGACUUUUUGCCAUAGGCUGGUUAAUUACAGGUUGUAUUUGGGUGUUUCCAAUCUUCAAUGCAUUCACAAAUAAUUGUGGUAUUGCCGUUUAUCUCUUCACAUUUUCCAUCUUGAUCAUUGAAUUGUUUUUUUUUACACUCAUGGCGUUAGGGUUAAUUGUCAUUCUAUAUAAAGUCUAUGCCGAAGCAAUGAGGAACAGAUCAGAUGGCGUGGAAAUCCCAAGCUGA